AUGGACGUCUCUAAUGCAUUUUUACAUGGAGAUUUGGAUGAAGAAAUUUAUAUGAGUUUACCUCAAGGGUAUACUCCUCCACCAAAUGUCACCUUGCCUCCUAAUCCGGUAUGUAGACUUCGCAAAUCUCUUUAUGGCUUGAAGCAAGCUUCUCGCCAAUGGUAUAAGCGUUUAUCCUCUGUUUUGUUGGGUGCAAAUUUCAUUCAGUCACCUGCGGAUAAUACACUUUUUGUCAAGGAGAGACCCGGAUCAUUCAUUGCAGCUUUGGUUUAUGUUGAUGAUAUUAUGAUAGCUAGUAAUGAUGAUAAUGCAGUGGAGAGUUUGAAGGCAUUAUUACGGUCUGAAUUCAAAAUUAAGGAUCUUGGACCUGCUAGAUUUUUCCUUGGACUUGAAAUCUCACGCUCUUCCAAAGGUAUCUCGGUCUGUCAGAGAAAAUAUGCACAGAACUUGUUGGAGGAUGCUGGUUUACUUGGUUGUAAACCAAGUCCACUCCCAAUGGAUCCUAGUCUCCAUCUUACUGCAACAAUGGGAACACCUCUUCCUAAUCCUCGGUCGUACAGGGAACUUGUUGGACGAUUACAUUACCUCACCAUCACAAGACCGAAUAUCACGUUUGCUGUCCAUCAACUAAGUCAGUUUAUCUCUGCACCUUCCGAUAUUCACCUUCAGGCGGCUCAUAAGGUCCUCAGGUAUAUCAAGAAUAAUCCUGGACAAGGUCUAAUGUACUCUGUUGAUUCAGAGAUAUGCUUGAAUGGUUUCUCGGAUGCUGAUUGGGGAAAUUGCAAGGAUACAAGGCGAUCAAUAACUGGUUACUGCAUUUAUCUUGGUGAUUCUCUGAUCUCGUGGAAGUCAAAGAAACAGAGUGUAGCGAGCCGUAGCAGCACAGAGUCAGAAUAUCGUAGCAUGGCACAUGCGACUUGUGAGAUUAUUUGGCUGCAACAGCUCUUAACGGACCUACAUCUCCAUGUGACUAGUCCUGCUAAGCUUUACUGUGACAAUAAAUCGGCUAUGCAUAUUGCGAUGAAUCCAGUUUUUCAUGAGAGGACAAAGCACAUUGAGAUCGACUGUCACACGGUUCGUGAUCAGAUUAAAGCUGGCAAGCUCAAGGUUUUUCAUGUACCAUCAGAAAACCAGCACGCAGACAUUCUCACCAAACCGCUUCAUCCAGGUCCUUUCUAUGGAUUGCUUUCUAAGAUGUCAUUAUCAAGUCUUUAUCUUCCAAACCAGACACCUUUGAAGAUAACGACUUGA